AUUUUCUUGUUUUGAUAAAACGGUAAAUAAGAAAUAUGGAAGAGCCAGGUAAAAAAAAGUUUGGAGACGUCGUUUUGAACAUAAAAAAAGUGCACAACAUACUCGACCGGGUGGGCGCUGAUAUUUCUACGUUAAAACAACGAAUGAAAAAAUCGAGUGAGAUACAUCAUCGAAGCAAAACUGAAUCCACACUUUCUACAAAUCAAAGGGAUUCUACGAUCGGGUAUACCGGGGACGUAAAAGGCGGAGGCGAGGGUAGUACGGCACAAUCAAGUUUGCAACUUGAGACAAAACCAACCCAUGCGUCAACAUUCAACAGUUCGUCAAUUUCACUUGCUGUUACCGAUGAUGAGCGCCCUCGUGCGGUUAAACCCGUAGCGCGGCCCCGCAGAAAGUCUGCCCCGCCGACACAGCGUGAUUUUAACAUUAUUGAAGUAAAUUCCGCUCCAGAAUACGAUCACGGUACUUCCCCGUCCAAGGUGAGCCAUGGACAUAUACACAGAAUGCGAAACCGAUUUUUAGAGGUACGGCGGUCGCCAGAUGGCGUAACUGCGCUAAGUCCACGCGAAACCAAAUCCCAUGCGAUUGAAAAACACGAAAAACUUUCUGAACCAACUGCGUCUUCAAGUUUCCAUAGCUACGGUUUUUCUAACUCCAAAAUUGCGUCACCCGUCAUUAGGGGAGGCGGUAAAAUAAAGUCUUCUAUCCAUGCACCUAGCGUUGGUAUGCCAGUUAAAACACACCACGGAAAAAGUCGGUUACCUAAACCGAGAGUGAAAAGUGUCAGUCAAUGGAAACCUAGCGUAAAAGAAUCCCAACAAAGUUCAAUUCAGAAGCAUUUCAUACCCAAGCCGUUCGUACUGCCCUAUAAAGAUUUAAAAACUACAAGUCAAAAUAAAUCAAGUCCACGAAAAAUUAUUCCCAAAACACCAAUAUUUCGGCCUGAAAACUCCCAAGUUCAAACCAAAGAAACACCCAGCAACCCCAGCUCGUAUUUAAACCAAUGCUCUAUAGAAACUAAAAAGAUUCGUACAGAACAAUUUCCACCAACUUCCAAAACGCUUGAUUCUAUUUGCCCAAAAGCGUCGAACGAAUGCUGUGAAACAAAAAGCGCCACGAUAUCAUCAACUGAUGAAACUCAGGUUAAAAAUAGUUUGCAAAAACCUCAACAAACGUCGUUAACCGUAUGUGACGGGCAGGUUACAGCGAAGCAAGUUUCACAUACAAGCAUAAGUACAACUGAACAGUCCACAGAUGCUACUCUGGCUAGCAAUACCGCAAGGGCAAAUGUAAAAGAAAACAAACCAACGAAAACCCAGAUUAAAAAUAGUUUGGAAAAACCUCAACAAACGUCUUUAACUGAACAUGGGGGACCAGUUGUGCCUAAGGAAGGUCCACACUCAAGCAUUGGUGUAACUGAUCAUCAGUUAUCGGAUGCUAUUCUGACCAGCAAUACCGUAAGAGCAAUUGAAAAAGAAUACAAACCAACGAAAACUGCAAAAGAAAUUAGUAGAGAUACCCCAAGUGACCAAAAACACAAAGUUAAUAAUUGUUCUUUCGACAAAAUUGAUUUGAAACCAAAGAACAUUCAACCUGAUAAUCUGGAUCGGAACAUUUCCUUGUCAGUUCAAAAAACAUCUUUUCACCAAAUUAAAACGGAACAAAAAGAACAUGCAGUCCCACAAGAAAUAUCAAAUGAUAGCAAUGUCAUUCCCACAGAAAAUACAAAGAUUACCAAAGCAUUGCAACCUGCGACAAUUCCAAACAUGGCAAAUGAAUUAAUUAAUGAUAUUGCAAAGCCAAGUCAAAAAAGUUCCGUUAAACCAACAGAAUCUCAUUUAAAAGUAAUAGAACAACCAAUUGCGGCAAUGAACAAUGAAGAAACACCAAGAGUUAUUGAAAAUAUCUUAACUGUGAGUACUUCAGUGGGAAACGUACAAGUCAAGGAAGAUGAAAAAGCAAGGGACUCUGGGAAUACAGAACUAGCAAGUCAGGAAGAUGGCAGCACACAUUCUAAAGAAACCGAAUCGAUUAGGGAUAUGGUAAAACUGAUAGAAGAAACUGAUAUGCCGGCAGUUUCACUUGACACAAGUGUACGAAACAUGAAUGAGAACGUGCGCCCAACACCAGAUGUUUCUAAAAUUCCUGUGGAGCAUAAUAGGGUACACAGCAGUGCAUCAUUACAAGAUACAAUUUGCGAGAAAGAACAAGAUAGUUUCGAUGAAAUUAAGCAAAGUACGGAAAAUCUUCCGAAGACGACAGAUGACAUUGUACAUGACACACCCUACAGCUAUCCACGAACAAUUAAACGAACUUCUCCUUACGUGCGGAGGCUUGUCAGCCGUUUUGAAUCGCCACCGAAAAUUAUAGACGAGGUAAAAGGUGUACACUCCCAAAUUUCCGAAAUGAUCGACCGAAUGUUGCGAAGGGAAAUAAACAAAAUUAUUCAGCGCGAUUUAUACGAGCACGAUUGGCAUUUUGACGUUGUGCAGCACAAGGAAGAGGCCAAAGAACCGAUAUUCACGUUUGCGCCAUAUUGCCACAACAGCACCAUGCAACAAACCGAAUCACCUCGACUUCAAGAAAGCGCUGAACUCCCAACAGAACAAAUACUAACUAGCGAAGACCUUUGGCGAAUAAUGCCCGACUGUGACGUUACAAGCAACAAUUAUCCAACCGCUGCAACAUACAUAUGCGUUAUGGUCAUUGCAACGGUUAUCCUCUUAUGGCUGGGUUUAAGUGAUAAUGCAAUAGAUACCUGCUUACGUCAUCUCGAAAUUUAUCUGCAUGAUGUCAUCGCAUUUGAAAGACUUGAAUUUUCGACAAGAGUUUUUUAAUAAAAUGAAUUAAAAAGAAAUGCGUGGUGAUGUAAGUGUACACCAGUGAAGCGGGUAUUAUUAUAUUAUUAAUUUUAAACGCAAAGAUAGAUGCCUAUUUUGGGUUAAAUGUGUGUAUAUGUUUAGGGUAAGAUGGUCCAUGUUUCUAUUUUCAUUUAUCGUUUUCUAUUUCGUAUCAUCUUAGAAGAGCGAUUGGGGAAAUAUGGGACAGUAUGUGUUAACGGGACACAUUUUGCUCUAGUGUACUAUGUAUGUCCCCUUCGAACACAAUUAAUUCGGGAUUUUUUAUUGCUACGAUGUUUUAGUGACCAGAACAAAAAUGAUAAUAUUUAAGAAAAAAGGAGUUUGUUUAAUUUUGCAUUGCAUAAAAUAUCGGACACGGCAAAUAUUUCAACAACUGUAAAAAAUACCAUUAUUUAAAAUUGCCCUUUCGUUUAUACGCGUUUUGAAGGGUAAUUUUAUGUGUUUAUAGGUUGAACCGAACC